GGUUUUUUUCUGCAUUGGCUGAUUGUGUGUGACAAAUAGCUUCAUGUAUUUUGAUUGACAUUGUUCUGGUGACAGCUUGAGCUCUAAUUUGUAAUUUAUGAAAUAUUGAUUAAAUUUUGUUUAUUUAGUUUUAGAAGCUUAUUUUCUUUUAAUUAUAGACCAUCUACUCUUGGGGUGUGAUUUUCUUGACUGGUCACUUGGGUAAAUCAAAAUGUCGGCUGCUUUUUUACCCAGCCAACGUGCCCGUGGCCCAACAAAUUCAGCUCAAAUCCAAAAGAUGCUUGAUGAAAAUUCAAAUUUGAUUCAGGCAGUGAUGGAAGCUCAAAACAAGGGUGAAGCACAAAAAAGUGUUCAUUUAAUAAGCACUAUUCAUCGUAACUUGCUUUACUUGGGAAGUUUGAGUGAAUCUAAUCCAAAUUUAGCACAAAUCAUUCCACCUCCACCUACUUUCGGACAACCUCAGCCUCAACAGUCACAGGGCAAUAUGCCACCUCAACCUUCUGAAUGCAUGCCACCGCCUCCACCGCCAGCACCACAUUCUCAAGGUCCUCCGACGAGCGCACCAGCUGGUCAACCAACCAUUCCUAAUCCUAACAGUGGCCCUCCACAGCCUACUACGUCUCCACCGUCAUCCAGCAGUGGACCUAAUGUUCCACCUCAUCAAUACGUAGGAAACAUGAUGCCCCCUCCUCGACCUCCAUCUUCAAGUACUCAACUUCCCAAUUCAUAUGGUAACUACCAGAUGCCUUCAAAUCAACAAUACAACCAAGGGCAGUACCCUCCAUCUUCAGGUUAUUCUGGUUAUGGUAGCUACAACCAAGGACCUCCAGCAUCUCCUCAAGGACCUGCGCCAAAUGCACCCUACCCAACUCCACCACUAUCCUCUCAACAAUAUGGAUCUUAUCCUAACUAUCCACAACCAGGCUACUCCAACGCGCCACCUCAACCACCUCCCGGUUCAGCUCAAGGAUCAGGUCCUACAAAUUGGUAUCCUCCAACAGGUUCUCAUCAAUCUCCAGGUUACUCUUCAACUAAUCCAGUCCAUCCUGGACCUACAGGACCAGGUAGUGGACCCACUCCAGCCGCUGGGCCGCAACAAAAUUAUCCAGGUUAUGGUGGUUAUAAUCAAGGUUCUCAGUAUUCACAACCAGGUUAUGGUGUAAAUUAUGGGUCACCUAAUCCCGGUCCUUCCCCACCAUCUAGUGGAGGUUAUGUUUCUCCAGCUCCAUCAGGUCCUGCACAGCCAUCAGGAGCUCAAGCACGCCCCGGCUAUCAUCAACAAGCCGGUUAUGGACAUUUCUCAGCUCGUGGUCCCGCUCCUAUGGGUGCAUACCCUGGUUAUGAUCAAUCUUCACAAGGUUACCCCGGUUAUGGUCCACCUCAGCCUCAAUAAAGUCGCUUCUGUAGCCCAAACUUCCUAAUUCCUUCUUCUAAGUUAAUUUUUCCGCUAUUCUAAUUGUUGCUAUUAACUAAAAUGUUUUAGCAUCAAAGAGCAGUUGGAUCGGCAGCGUCAAAAUACAAUUUCCAGUUAGGUGGAAGACUAUUCACAAUUAUAAGAAAAAAAUGCACUUAAUAGUGUAGAGAUUUGCUUUCAAUUGAUAAGAAUAUAUAUUGACAUCAGGUGAAAAAAUGAAUGUAAAUUUCGAGAUUAAUUAAUUUUGAUGUGUUAAACUGAUGUCUGUUGCUAUAAUGAACAAUUAAAUUUAACUUGACCAAAGUAA